GGUAUACAGUAUACCGUGUAUAGAUCCUCUUAGUUUCCGAGGAGCCUUUUCUCCGGCGAGAGUGAACAGAAAUUCCGCUCAGUCCACAACGGAGGUAAAUUUUCACCUCCGAUUCGAUAAGCUUUCAGCUAAAAUAUUCUCUUGGUCCAGUUUCACGCUUGAUAUACAAGUUUCUGGGUUCAGUUUACUAAAUACCUGUACUGUUUCCUGGCUUUACUACAUGAAAGAUGGCAUUGAAGAAAGUCAUAGCUAUAUGUCAGUCAGGGGGUAAUUUUGAGACUGGGAAGGAUGAUUCUAUGUCUUAUAUAGGGGGUGAAGCUUAUGCAAUUGAUCUUGAUGCACAAUCCCAGUUAAGCCAUUUUAAGGAAGAAUUAGCUGAAAUGUUUCAGUAUAAUGUUGAUAGCUUGUCAGUCAAGUACUUUCUCCCUGGAAACAGAAAGACACUCAUCACAAUAUCUAGAGACAAGGAUCUGCAGCGGAUGGUAAAUUUCUUUGAGGAAUCUGGCCAAGUGGAGUUGUUUAUUUUGUCUAAGGAAGGUACUUCUCAAGAUGUGGUAAACGCACCUCUGAUUAGUUCAAGUAGAGCAAACACAGAAGGCAUGAAUAUUUCACAUGAAAUAUUAAAUAUCGCUGAAGCUGAUGGUACAACUGAUAUAGAAAUGGACACCGCAAAUGGGUUAACGCGAAGCCUAGUUGUUAGUGGUACCACAGACGAUAAUUGUCGCAACAUUGUAAUGCAGUGGGAAAAUAUUAUCACUGGUGUUGACCAAAGAUUUUCUGAUUUCACUGAGUUUCGUGAUGCUCUGCAUAAAUACUCAAUUGCACAUGGAUUCACUUACAAAUUCAUCAAGAAUGAAAGUCAGCGUGUAGCUGUUAAAUGCAAAGCAGAAGGCUGCCCAUGGCGUAUAUGGGCAUCAAUGGUAUCUGGCACACAGCUAUUCUGUAUAAAGAAAAUGAAUUCUACACAUACAUGUGAAGGAGCAGCCGUAAAAGCCAAGCAUCGGGUAGCAAGGGACUGGGUAGGAAAUAUAAUAAAGGAGAAGUUGAAAGUUUCUCCAAAUUACAAGACAAGAGAUAUUGUCGGUGAUAUCAAACGAGAAUAUGGAAUUGAAUUAAACUAUUCUCAGGCAUAUCGUGCGAAAGGACGUGCAAGGGAGAAACUGCAUGGUUCUUAUAGAAAGGCGUACAGUCAAUUACCACUUUUCUGUGAGAAGAUAGUGGAAACAAAUCCAGGUAGUGUUGCUACAUUCACUACAAAGGAGGAUUCAAGCUUCCAGCGUCUAUUUGUUUCGUUUUAUGCCUCAAUAUCUGGUUUCCGACAAGGAUGCCGGCCUCUGAUUUUCCUUGACUAUACACCUUUGAACUCAAAGUACAAGGGUAUGUUGCUAUCUGCUACAGCAGCAGAUGGGAAUGAUGCUUUCUUUCCUUUGGCUUUCGCUGUAGUUGAUGAGGAGAGUGAUGAAAACUGGCAUUGGUUUCUAUCCCACCUGAAAGAUGUAGCCUCCACAUCCCAACGGAUCACAUUCGUAGCAGAUUUUCAGAAGGGUUUAGUAGAGGCAUUGCGUGAAAUCUUCGGUGGAGGGGCCUUCCAUGGAUAUUGUUUACAUCACAUUGCUGAGAAACUUAAUAAAGAUUUGAAAGAGCCAUUUUCUUAUGAAGCCAGACGUCUCAUGGUCCAGGAUUUGUAUGCUGCUGCUAGGGCAUCAAAACUUGAUGCUUUUGAGCGGUGCACUGAAAGCAUGAAAGCUAUAUCUCCUGAAGCCUACAAUUGGGUUAUACGUAGCGAGCCAGAUCACUGGGCAACCGCCUUUUUUGGAGGAGCAAGGUAUGGUCAUAUUUCAUCUGAUUUUGGACGACCGUUCUACAGUUGGGUAUCCGAUGCAAAGGAAUUGCCAAUAACUCAGAUGGUUGAUUCAUUACGAGGUAAGCUGAUGGAGUUGUUUUAUAAACGGAGGAUUGAUUCUAGUCAGUGGGAAACAAAGCUAACGCUAUCUAUGGAAGAAAAAUUAAAGAAUGAGAUUUCAAAAGCACACUCACUUCAAGUAACUCAUUUACAUGAUAGCACAUUCGAAGUUAGAAGUGAAUCUGUUGACAUAGUUAACAUCGAGCAUUGGGACUGUAGCUGCAAAAGUUGGCAAAUAACUGGGUUGCCAUGUUGCCACGCCGUUGCUCUUAUUAAACUUCUUGAUAGGAGUCCCUAUGAUUAUUGCUUCAGAUACUUUACUGCUGAGAGUUAUCGUGCUACAUAUUCAGAGUCGAUUAAUCCUAUACCUAAUGUAGAGGGAACAGUGAUGAGUGAACCAACGGAGACAGCUUUUAUUGUAACUCCUCCACCAACUAAAAGUCCAAGUCCAAAGGUGGGGAAGAGAAGGAAGCAGGACGGUACAUUUGAUAUAAUUAGACGCACACUCCAGUGUAGCAAGUGCAAAGGCCUUGGUCACAACAAGAGAGCAUGCAGCAAGGUCAGCGAAGACGGUGAAGAAUCAUCAGGUCCUUCCCCCUCAAUAGAUGUUACAACAGAGGAAAGUUGAGAGGACUAUAUAGGUGAUGUCUAGUAUCUUUUCAUUGUAUGUAGUCCGUCUGAAGUAGGGUAAUUCUGUGACCUCCUGUAUCUAAUUAUGCUCAGUGAUAUUCAUCCUCAAGUCUUGAUGUUGUUUAUGCAAUUUUUUUGCGAACUAUCCCUAAGAAUCUUAGAGAUGAGAAUGGAACUAAUGAUUAAAAUAGGAGCUUCUCCAAUUUAUUUAUUUUUAUCAUAAAAUGGAAACCUUAUUUACAGUU